CCUGUAGAUUUGCAUUAUGUAUAAAAAGAGCUUCUCAACUGUGCUGAGAACAGUAUAAACAAAGCUCCAAUCAUUUGCCACUCAUCACCAGUGUUCCGAAGCUCUUUGCUCUCAAAUGGGUCAAUUUCUUCAAUUUGUCUCUUCUUAUCUUUGCUUUUGGUCUCUCGUUUAAUUCCCUCUUAUCAACGUCACAGGCCACACAUAAUCACACAAACCCACGAGUCCAGAGAGAGAUGACUUUAAAUUCCUUGAGCUUGGCUGCAAAAAUCCCACAAAUUCUCGGACAGAGAAGUGCUUACACGCCCAACUAUGUUGGGAAAUUUUUCUACUUCUUCUCUUGCAGUAGAACUCAUCAAAACAGCUCUCUCCAAAUUGUCUCUCUUUCUAAGUUAAACCAAACCCAAAAUUUUACUUCUUCAAUAAUGGAGGACCCAAAACGCUUGAGCCUUUCUUCUCCAGAACCUGAAAAAUAUUCCAAAGAAAUGGAGGUUGCUGUUAGAGCUGUGCAGAUGGCUUGUUCUCUUUGUCAGAAAAUUCAGGACAGUGUGAUUUCUAAAGCCACUAGUCAGGUUCAAGCCAAGGAUGACAAUUCCCCUGUCACUGUAGCAGAUUGGAGCGUCCAAGCCACUGUCAGCUGGAUACUAUCAGAGUCCUUAGGGAAUACGAACGUCUCAAUACUUGCUGAGGAAGAUGUUCAAACCCUCUCCAAGGCUGAUAAGUCUGGCCUGUUAGAAGCUGUAGUUCAAAAUGUGAAUGAAUGCUUGUCUGAAGCCCCCCGCUUCGGUCUUAAAGCUCCACAAAUGUUUCUCACCACAGCAGAGGUUCUUGAAGCCAUCAGUCAUUGCAACUCAACCGGCGGUCCCACUGGAAGAUUUUGGGCCCUUGAUCCUGUGGACGGUACAUUAGGCUUCGUGCGUGGAGAUCAAUAUGCUGUAGCUUUAGCAUUGAUAGAGGAUGGAGAGGUUGUGCUUGGGGUUCUUGGUUGCCCUAACUAUCCAAUGAGGAAAGAAUGGUUAAAUUAUCACCACCGGUAUCAUCGAAUUAUAUCUAAGUUAACCCCACCAACAUCUGAAUCUUGGGAUAAAGGCUGUGUGAUUUAUGCAAAGAAAGGGAGUGGAGAAGCUUGGAUGCAACCUCUAAUCCGGGGACAAAAAAAGCUAGUGUGGCCAAACUCUGCACGGCCCGUCCAAGUAUCAUCCAUCGACAAUCCAGCUCUGGCUACUUUUUGUGAACCAGUUGAGAAGGCGAAUUCAAGCCAUUCCUUCACUGCAGGACUAGCUCAUAGUGUGGGCCUCAGAACGCAACCACUACGAGUGUACAGCAUGGUGAAGUAUGCUGCUAUAGCUCGAGGAGACGCAGAGAUUUUUAUGAAGUUUGCAAGGGCUGGCUACAAGGAGAAGAUUUGGGAUCAUGCAGCUGGCGUUGUCAUCAUAGAAGAAGCAGGUGGUGUGGUUACUGACGCCGGAGGGCGUCCACUGGAUUUCUCAAAGGGCAUGUACUUAGAAGGUCUUGAUCGAGGCAUAAUAGCGUGUGCCGGAGCCAAAUUACAUGACAAAAUUAUCAAGGCUGUUGAUGCUAGCUGGAACUCCUCUAGUCUGUAAGGUUUUCAUUGUUUUACGUUAAUAAGAGUGAACAAGUUACUUAGAAGACAGUAGAGAAAUAAUAAUCAUUUUGCAGUUCUUUCUCA